GUUCCAGACUUCUCAAUGAGCUCUGCAGUUCUCUCAAACUCUCACAGUACACACUCACAGCAGCAUGCCGAAGCCGUUUAGCACCGCUGGAUUUGUACCCCAAGAGAUCUUCAGUGCAACCUCAACUCAGACACACACAGACGAAGAGAAGACGACGGGACUGCAUGAACGAGAACACAUGGAGCAAUCAAGGAUCAUGGGAAUCACGAACCAAGAAGCGACUGACCAAGAAAGAGACACGAGACACCAGUGGACCUCUCGGAAGACGAUGAACAAGUGUUUGCUGUUGCGAGUGUGCGUUCUGUUGUCCCUACUGUGUUUCUGCGCUCACAUAUACGUGGAGUUCAAUGGCUUUUGGCUGCAGGUUUGGAGGAAGAGGCCCAUUGGACCCCAAAAACAACACUCCUAUCACAAGGGCGUUCCCACGGCAACAGAUGGUUUGGGCGAUGUUGGGCCCACGUGUUGCCCGCCAGAGAAGCAUCACAGAAGGAUUCCUCGAUGGAAGAUCGAGCUGGAGCCCUGGGCCACUGAGUCACACAGUCUGGAGGAGGAAGCGAACAGAUUCAUCAAGUACAUCUCCACACCAAAGGUGUCAUGUGACAGCCCUUUGUCUGGGCCGCCGGUGUUUGACAGAGAGCAUCAUGGGUCGUGGGUUCUGUGUUUGGACGGCAAGUUCAGUCUGAUGCGACGCAUCAUUUCCAAACACUGCCGAGUGUAUUCUCUCAGGUUGGGAUUGGAGGAUGAUCAUCUGGAGCGGGUUUUAGCGGGUUCAGGGUGUGAAGUUCACUGUUUUGAUCCUAGUAUCAGAGCGGCUCAUCUCCAGGACUCACACAUGUGGCUCCACCGGCUCUCUGUAGACUGGAGGGACCCGAACCCGGCGGUACCGGCCCAGAGACUGCACGGCAACACCAAGAAACUCGCCACCAUCCUCAAUGACUUCGGCCACAGACAGGUGGACGUGUUGAAGGUGGACAUGGAAAGUGCAGAGUGGAAGAUUCUUGAGAAUCUGAUUCUCGAGGAAGUGUUGGACUCAAUCGGGCUGCUGCUUCUCGAGGUGCACCUGCACUGGGCGGGGUUCGAGGUGGGCGGAGACGAGCCCUCAGUGGUCCGCUAUUGGUUCAGCCUUCUCAGGGAGUUGGAGCGGGCUCACUUUCGCCUCUAUCACAUCUCCAGCGACCCGACGAAACCACGUCUGUUUCUACACAAAAACCUCCAGAACGCAAGCAGCUCCUACAUAUUGGGAUGGGUGAAUACUCGGUUUUCACCAGAAUGAUAACCAUCACCAGAUGAUACUCUGUGAAAUAGAUAUCCUGGAAUAAUCAAUCGGAUGAUUGGCAAACCCUCCUAUUAUUGGUGCAUCCGGACCCGACAUGCACCAAUAAUGUCACACAGUGUGAAAUGGCUUUUACCCAAGAUCUCUUUGGGAACGUAUCGUAUAGUCUGACAAGCAACAGUCGUAAAAGACUGUAAAAAUUAAUUAGUGUCGGAAAUGUUUGGUUGCAGUCCCGCAGCGUUUAUUAUACAGUGGAUAUUUAAUGGUAUAUAUUAUAAUACAUUCUGAGACUCACAGUCUAAGAAACUGUAAAAAAAAUAAAUAAAUAAAAAAAAUUAAACAUUUUCUUUAAUUAUUUUUCUGAUUUGCCAAUAUAUAUUUCUGGGUGUAAAUAAGAUGCCGCUCAUGUCAACUGUAACCGAGUAGAAUUUUGAGUUGAUACGACAAAGCAAUCAAAAGUUACAACAUUACUAAUAUAAUUUAUCCGUGUGUCCAAAAACAUCUCCAAACAAAUAAAAGAUAAUAAUUGUACAUAAGAACUAAUUACACAUGCAAACACAACAAUGACUAAAGGUUUGCAUAGCAUGCAGACAUGAUUUUAGUCAUGAGAUUUCACAGAAUGAGUUUCAUUCUGUGUCAUUUGAGUCAUCAUCGUGUAUUUGGCGCCAUCUCCUGGUGGUCAUAUGUAACAUUGUGCUUCAUGUGGAUUAUCUAAUGAUCUAUACAUCUGAUUAUCUUGUGUGUGGACUCGUUUGAAAGAUAAUCACAGACUCUAAAUAAAUGAUGACAUGUGAGAUUUUAUGAUCCGUUUAUUUUUUGUGAAGUUAUAAGCAAAAACGUGGCAUAUAAGCAACACCAACAUAAUUGUCAAAGACUUAUACUUAGAUAUUACUCGCUAUAUUUUUGUCUGAGAGUAAAACACAUGGGCUGAUUGUAUUUUACUUCUUAAGAGCGUUCCAACAACAUAUGAUACAUGGAUAUUUGAGGAGUUUGGUGUUUUUACUGAUUGCAAUAAUAUGUGCAGUGCAAUUUUGAUUUAUCUGCAGAUUUCAUAUGAUCAGUUUUGGUCAUAAUGUCUACAUGUAUUAUAAAGUAGAGCUUCUAAGCUUUCAAACGACACAUAUUUUGUGUUGAUCAAGACUGCAGUUUUUAUUACACGGGUCCAUCUGAGCUUAUAGGUUUAAUUAUCAUUUAAAUAUAGUCACAAUGCUAAAAUUUUAAUGCUCCUAGAAUAGUUAAUAAUUCAUAUACAACAACAACAACAAUUGAGGGGUUAUUUACUUUUUCUUGCGAUUACUGUAAAUAUGACCUGGACAUUUCUUUGUGAAAUUCACCUCUGUGUUUUUAGACGCUGUAAUCCUGUAAUAAAUGCAUGUUUUUUUACAGGAUAAGAACAAAUCCUUUAACACACAAGCCUUUAAUGAGAACAUGUCAGUGUUUCUCAUCAGUCCUGUUUUAUCUGAUGUUCUUGAGGAACACUCUCUCUCUCUCUCUCUCUCUCUCUGUGUUAGCUCGAUCAACAUUCCUUAUUCAUUCUCACAAGCUUUUAUCAUGACAACCGACCAAAGAUAUCAGGGAGACGUUUAAUUAAAAAAUACUUUCAGGGGGAAAAUAUAAUUGUAUGAAAAGGACUGCA